CUCUAAGGCUUUUUCGCCGCUGGUGUCAGAAUUUUCAUGUUCCAAUACGGAGAAGUCUUUGAGGUUUCUUUGGGGAGCCCUGGGGCCAGAUCUUCCUCCAGACUCCAGCCUACCUCUUCAGAGCAGCUCUGCUUGAGUUCACAGAUGACCACUAAACUUCAGGCACACUAGAGAAAAAGGAUUGAGAUCCAUUGUGGCCAUGCCAACCAGCUGGACUUCACCCCAGAAAUCCCCAGCCCUGGCUCUAGAGGAUCAUGGCAGCUCCUAUGAGGGAUCAGUGUCCUUCAGGGAUGUGGCUAUAGAUUUCAGCAGAGAGGAAUGGCGGCACCUGGACCCAUCUCAGAGAAAUCUGUACCGGGAUGUGAUGCUGGAGACCUAUAGCCACCUGCUCUCAGUCGGGUAUCAAGUUCCUGAAGCAGAGGUGGUCAUGUUGGAGCAAGGAAAUGAACCAUGGGCAUUGCAGGGUGAGAGGCCACAUCAGAGCUGCCCAGGAGAGAAAUUAUGGGACCAUAAUCAAUGUAGAAAAAUCCUCAAUUAUAAACAAGCGUCCUCUCAACCUCAAAAAAUGCAUCCUGGGGAGAAACCUUACGCAUGUGCCAAAUUUGAAAAGAUAUUCACCCAGAAGUCACAGCUCAAAAUACACCUGAAAGUUUUUGCAGGAGAAAAACUCUAUGUAUGUAUUGAAUGUGGGAAGGCUUUUGUACAGAAGCCAGAAUUUAUUACACACCAGAAAACCCAUAUGAGAGAGAAACCCUUUAAAUGCAAUGAAUGUGAAAAAUCCUUUUUCCAAGUAUCUUCUCUCUUCAGACAUCAGAGAAUUCAUACCGGAGAAAAACUCUUUGAAUGUAGCCAAUGUGGGAAAGGCUUCUCUUAUAAUUCAGAUCUCAGCAUACAUGAGAAAAUUCAUACUGGAGAGAGACACCAUGAAUGUACUGAAUGUGGCAAAGCAUUCACACAAAAGUCCACACUCAAGAUGCAUCAGAAAAUCCAUACAGGUGAGAGAUCCUAUAUUUGUAUUGAAUGCGGACAGGCCUUCAUCCAGAAGACUCAUUUGAUUGCACACCGAAGAAUUCAUACUGGAGAAAAACCAUAUGAGUGCAGUAACUGUGGGAAAUCCUUCAUUUCCAAGUCACAACUUCAGGUACAUCAACGCAUUCACACAAGAGUAAAGCCCUAUAUAUGUACUGAAUAUGGGAAGGUCUUUAGCAAUAAUUCCAACCUCAUUACACAUAAGAAAGCUCAAAGUAGAGAGAAAUCUUCUAUAUGUACUGACUGUGGGAAGGCCUUUUCCUACAGGUCAGAGUUGAUUAUACAUCAGAGAAUUCACACUGGAGAGAAACCUUAUAAAUGCAGUGACUGUGGAAAAGCCUUCACUCAGAAGUCAGCACUCACAGUGCAUCAGAGAAUUCAUACAGGAGAAAAAUCAUAUGUAUGCAUGAAAUGUGGACUGGCCUUCAUUCAGAAGGCACACUUGAUUGCACAUCAAAUAAUUCAUACUGGAGAGAAACCUUAUAAAUGUAGUUACUGUGGGAAAUUGUUUACCUCCAAGUCACAACUCCAUGUUCAUAAACGAAUUCACACAGGAGAAAAGCCCUAUAUGUGCAAUAAAUGUGGGAAGGCCUUCACCAACCGGUCAAAUCUCAUUACACAUCAGAAAACUCAUACAGGGGAGAAAUCUUAUCUAUGUUCCAAAUGUGGAAAGGCCUUCACCCAGAGGUCGGACUUGAUUACACAUCAAAGAAUCCAUACUGGGGAGAAACCUUAUGAAUGUAGUACUUGUGGAAAAGCCUUUACCCAGAAGUCUCACCUCAAUAUACACCAGAAAAUUCAUACUGGAGAAAGACAGUAUGAAUGCCAUGAAUGUGGGAAAGCCUUCAACCAGAAAUCAAUUCUCAUUGUUCAUCAGAAAAUUCACACAGGAGAGAAACCCUACGUAUGCACUGAGUGUGGAAGAGCUUUCAUCCGCAAAUCAAACUUUAUUACUCAUCAAAGAAUUCAUACUGGAGAGAAGCCUUAUGAAUGCAGUGACUGUGGGAAGUCCUUUACCUCCAAGUCUCAGCUCCUGGUGCAUCAGCCAGUUCACACAGGAGAGAAACCCUAUGUGUGUGCUGAGUGUGGGAAGGCCUUUAGUGGCAGGUCAAAUCUCAGUAAGCACCAGAAAACUCAUACCGGAGAAAAGCCCUACAUUUGCUCUGAAUGUGGGAAGACCUUCAGACAGAAGUCAGAGUUGAUUACACAUCAUAGAAUUCAUACUGGAGAGAAACCUUAUGAGUGCAGUGACUGUGGGAAGUCUUUCACUAAAAAAUCACAGCUCCAGGUGCAUCGACGAAUUCACACUGGAGAGAAACCUUAUGUGUGUGCUGAGUGUGGGAAGGCCUUUACUGACAGGUCAAAUUUGAAUAAACAUCAGACAACACAUACUGGAGACAAACCCUACAAGUGUGGCAUCUGUGGGAAAGGGUUUGUUCAGAAAUCAGUGCUCAGUGUCCAUCAGAGCAUUCAUGCUUGAGAGAAACGGUAUGAGAAAACCUCGCUGAGGGAUGGGUCUGAUUGUACAUUGUUGCAUUCACGCAGCAGAAAAAUAUGUAUAUUGUUAUAAAUGGAAAUGACCACAUCAAAAUGUCACACAUGACUGUUCUGGAGAAGGCCUCUGAGAAGGCCCCGAAUGAGGUGAGGGACCCUUCCAACCUUGUCACCAGCCUCAAUAAACCUUCGGGCAUUCAUACUGACAAGGAACUGGGUCAAUCUGGUACAUAGGAAAAGCCUUCUCAUGAAAAGUACAAUGAAACACUGUUACCAAAUUCUUUGUAAGAAAGAUUAUAUUAUGUUAAUGAUAAUCUUAUUUACUGUGGAAUAGGUAUAGUGCCAACAAAUAGAAUGAUAAAACAACAUAAUGCGUAGUUAUGAUAGUGAUGAAUCAGUUCUGUGAGUUGUUCAUUGCAGAACACAUUGUCUAACAGAUUUGUGGGUGUUUUCUUUCUCAUUUCAAUCUACCACAGUUGAUCAUAUCCAACCCUCAUUCAGUAUUUCUAUCAAGGAAGAGAUGCUA